AUGUCCGUGGGGUCGACACGUCGUGAGAAGAGAGAGCUAGCUGAACUAAAGGAUGAUAAGCUACAGAAAGAGGAGCCAGUGUUCCUGCAGUGGCACGCGCAGACACAGCAGCAGGUCCACGAGCUGCUAAAGAAAACUCCGGAAGAACUUCAGCUUGAACUGAAGGAGAUUCUGGGCUUCAAGAACCUUCAGGUGUGUAUGAAGGAAGCUGCCCUGCUGGAUUACUAUGUGUGUGGCUUCUGGUGGGCGAGGGAGGCUAACUUCACCCCCCCACAGACCUCGUUCACCAUGGCUGUGCUGCACAUGCUGCUGGAGAACAUCAGAGAGAAGCAGAUGUCUUUGGUGGAGAACCUGAUGGAGUUUGCUCAGGCUGUAGGUACUGCCAGCCAAUGCUCAACUUCAGAGGAAGGCACCACACCACUUCUGAACAGAGAAGAAGCCACUGCACUCAUGAGUUACAUCAGAAACAGUUUGUUUCAGAAAUACACACUCUACCAGCUUCUCUUCACCUCAGCCAGAGAGGAGCUGCUCUCAGGCCUGGAGCUUUCCAUCAGAGACAGUCCUGAGGGAACACAGGAGGCCAACACAUGCUAGUCUCUGUGUCAGGACGUAGUGAGG